GAGAAAGGGAGGCAGAGAAUGAUCGCAACUUCGCGAACUGCUUGUGACUAACCUAGCUUGCAACUGACGUGCAUUUCAUUCCACCGGUCUGUUCACCUGGUACACCAACGGUGUCGCACGAAAAACAGACACCCUCACAUGUUUGAUGCUGUCUGCGGCUGCUUCGCCUAUAAGAAUGUGGCGUGAUUAGUUGCAGGGAAGAAUAGUUUUUGCUCAUUUAGUGUGAAACGGAACAGUUGAAUAAAGCGAGGCAGUUUACAAUAGACACCAAUUAAACAUUAAAAGGGAACAUGGCGACGGGUGGAUUCAGAUCAAGUCCAGCAACGGAUUUUUUAGAAGAGUGGAAAGCUAAACGUGAAAAGAUGAGAGCAAAAAUGCUCGGGGAUAUUGCCGCUUCUACCGGCGGGACCUGUGUCGGCGCCGCAGUCGCAUCUUCCCUUGGGACAAACAGCAAAAGUGAAACACGGAAUGCGACACAGAGCACGGAGUUGAACAACAACGGCAACCCGGACCGGGGAGGGUCCUCGGCUAUCAAUUGCGUGUCAUCCCAUCCCGUUGUUCGGUCAUCUUCCUCAUCUGCCCUGAGGAGGCCAGAGGAUGACCCACAUCAGACGCCAGUCGCCAGGGGAACCGAUCCCCCGGUAGGUAACUUGAAGAAGACAUCCCAGCCAGAGAGCGUACCCAGCACUCCGCAGUUGGAGUCCAGCGGGAAUGCGUGCACCGAGAGCGACAAGGAAAGCCCUACUCCGGGAACGGGCUCCAACAAGGGGAAAGAGAAAAAGAGCUCGGGUCCGAGCGCAAGGAAGGGAAAAGGCCAAAUAGAGAAACGAAAGCUGAGGGAGAAGCGGAGAUCAACAGGUGUUGUCAGCAUACCGUCCAACGAGAGUCUGGAUGAGCUGGAUGAUGAUGACGGUGGAGUGAAGGGGAGGAAGAGCGAGGAGGCGCUCACGCAGCACAAUACAGUCCAGAACGAGGCCAUGACCUCCGACCCCACGGCUGCCCACUUGUUACAGGACACGCCAAGAGGUGCAGCAGGCCGGCACAAAAGUGGGGCAGGCCUGGGUUCUGAAGAGGAGGCGGGGGGUAACAGCAGGCAUCGCCAGGGUUACGGUCGACAUGCCAAGGAGGCCAGCGCCCCGGCAUUUGGCGGGCUGGAGAGGAGAAUAGAGGAACUGGAGAAGGAGCUUGCCAGAGAGAGGCAGGAAAAUGCACGGCUGCUGAAAGCACAUCAAGACAAAGACGAGCUCAUCGUGAAGCUGAAGGAGGAGAUCGACCUUCUUAAUAGGGACCUUGAUGAUAUUGAGGAUGAGAAUGAACAACUCAAACAGGAGAAUAAGACCCUCCUCAAAGUGGUCGGCCAGCUCACCAGGUAGAGCCACGCCCACCCCAGAUGAUGUCAAAACAAGUCCCUGUGAAGUGACUGGAGCUGUCCCCAGGGGACUGGAGGUGCCCCUUUUGGGAAUUUCAAGACCGCAUCCUAUUCUGUGGCUGAUUUUAUCCAUUUGUGUUUUUGUUUUUUUGGAAGAGAAGUUUGCAUGUGGUUGGGAGGGCCUUAAAAGGACAGUAAGCUUCAUUCCUGAAGGUUUGGUAUAAGUGUUUUUCCAUGGGAUUUGAAGGAAUAUAAAGGUGUGAAAUGUGGUUUAAUUUAUCUGUUUGGUGAUAGACUUAAUGUAAAUGUGUUGUAUAUAUGCCACUUAUAUUGCUGAAAAACAAACAAAAAAAGACAAAUGAAAUGAAUGUAUGUGGUACACCACCAAAAACAUGAGGCAUUUGUGCAUCAGAGCUUCGGCCCCGCUGAUAAACAGGAUCUUUAUCAAACGGGUGUGCGCAAUUCGCUUGACUAUUUGUUUUUUAACCAGUGCAAAUUUAUCCAGUUAACAUGCAUUGCGAUAGUGAUACUUAUGCAACAUUUUGGCAGUGGAAACAGUGUUUCAAGAUGUUGCUAGAUGUUGUCAUGUUACUCCUGGUGUUAACACUUCUUGUAUAUGGCAUCUGCAUUUAAGAGCUCACAGAUGCAGCUUGUUUCAUUUAAACCGCAUUUUAAGACCAGAUCACAUUCCACUAGCCAAAGUGCGAAUAGUGCCUUGUAUAUUAAGUAAAUUGAUUUGAAAGUAAUUAGCUCUGUUUUCGCAGGAAAGAAAAA